AUGCAAUGGAAUGCCACAGGUGUUACAGUUGCGGGUGUUACCGGUGUGAAUGGUAGUGCUCUCAAUAAACUAAGUAGCCCAAUGGGUAUUUAUGUAUAUCCGAAUGAUAGUUCACUCUAUAUCGCCGAUAUGGGAAACCAGCGCAUCGUUAAAUGGUUGUCGGGUGCAGUGAAUGGUACAAUAGUGGCUGGUGCUACGGCUUCACCAGGUUUGAAUCCCACUUCUCUCUCCAAACCUAAUAGUGUCUUUGUUGACUCGAUGCAAAAUAUGUACGUAGUUGAUUUGAGCAAUGGUCGCAUUCAAUUUUUUCGUAAUGGCAGCACCACAGCUACUACUGUUUCUUCAAGCUGGACCACAAAACCGGACAAACCUUCCUGUGUAUACGUGAUGAACAAUCAGAUAUAUGUUUGCGAUAAUGGUCUCAAUGUAAUUUUACGAAAUGGGUCACAAGCGGCAGGUAAAGGUGCUGGACCUGCAGGUGAAAUUCAGCAUUCCCAAGGAUUAGUUGCUGACGAGAAUGAUACGAUGUAUAUUGCGAAUAUGGAUCACCAUGUCAUUGUCAAAUGGCCAGCAAGUACCUCUUACACAUCUGCAGGUACCGUAGUCGCUGGUAAUUCGGUUGGUACAGCAGGAUCAACCAGUAACUUGUUAAACACACCUACUUCUGUAACACGUGAUUCACAAGGUAAUCUAUAUGUUGUCGAUCAAGGUAAUCAUCGUAUUCAAUUGUUCUGUCAAUAUCCAACACCAAAUACAAGUGGAAUAACCAUUGGUGGCAUUGGAACACCUGGGUCGACGCCAACUGCAUUAUCAGCACCAACUAGCGUUGCACUCGAUUCUUCGCUGAAUGUGUAUGUAAGUGACACAGGCAAUCAUCGGAUACAAAUGUUUCAACGCAUUGCUUGA